AUGCAGGGCUUGUACUGCAGCAGCAUGGUGGAAGGCAGCCAUUCAGAACUCCUAGCUUUCGUUGUUCCCUUACUGCUCAUCUUCUUCUUCUUCCUUUUGUUCCAGCUCUUCCACCUCCGGCCCGGUCGUCUUGGUCACCUACCAUCCCCUCAUCGGUUACCAAUCAUAGGCCACCUACACCUCCUCACCUCCCUUCCACAUCAGUCCUUCCACGGCCUCUCGCAGCGCUUGGGUCCCAUCUUCUCCCUCAGCCUUGGCUCCAUGCCCUGCAUCAUUGCUUGCUCCGCUUCAGCUGCUCGCGAGUUUCUUAAGACGCAUGACUCAUCCUUUCACAACAGACCCUUCACCAAGGCGGUCUCUAUUCUAACAUACGGCUCCUCAAACUUCUCCUUCGCUCCUUACGGCAGCUUUUGGCGCUUCACGAAGCGACUCUAUAUGUUGGAGCUCUUCAGCGCUCGAACACUUGAGCAAUUUCGUCCAAUUCGUAGUGAUGAGCUUAGACAACUUCUUGAGGAGUUGCACAUCAAAGCCAAGAAAGGUGAGUCUGUGGACUUAGGCGCAGAGAUGACGAGGAUGACAAACAAUGUGACUAGCCGCAUGGCCGUUAGCCGACGAUGCUCGGGAACAAAUGCUGAGGCUGAGGAGGCAACUCGGUUGGUGAUGGAGACGACAGAAUUGUUAGGAAAGUUUAACGUUGCGGAUUAUUUAUGGUUUUGCAGAAAUUUGGAUUUGCAAGGGUUUGACAAGAGGUUGCUGGAUUUGCACCAAAGGUUUGAUAGGUUGAUGGAGAGAAUUAUGGAGGAGAAGGAAGAGGAGAGGAAGAAAAGGAAAGGAGCUUGUCUAAAGGAUGAAGAUAAUUUCAGAGAUAAGGACUUGCUUGAUAUAUUGAUAGAUAUAUCUGAGGAUGAAGCAGCAGAGGUUAAGCUCACAAGAAACAAUGUUAAAGCUUUCAUACGAGAUAUCUUCACCGGGGGCACUGACAACACAUCAUUAACGGUGCAAUGGGCGAUGGCUGAACUCAUUAAUAACCCAAUUUAUAUGGAAAAAGCUAGAGCCGAACUUGACGCUAUUGUAGGCAAUCACCGUUUAGUGGAUGAGAAUGAUAUUCCCAACCUCCCUUACCUUAAAGCAAUCGUAAUGGAAACACUUCGUCUCCACCCACCAACCCCUCUAAUCCCUCGUGAAUCUGACAAAGAAUGCAUUGUUGGUGGCUUCAACAUCCCAUCUAAAACUAGGCUAUUCAUCAAUGUUUGGGCGAUUGGUCGUGAGGCUAAGCAUUGGCCCAACCCUCUCAAGUUUAUGCCUGAUAGAUUUUUAGUUAAAGAUGAUGAUGGUGAUAUUGGCAUUAAUUUUAGGGGGCAACAUUUUCAUUUAAUACCAUUUGGAAGUGGAAGGAGAGGUUGCCCUGGAAUAACAGCAGCACUUCAAGUGGUGUACUCUGCACUUGCCUCCCUAAUACAAAGCUUUGAGUGGAUGGUUGCUGGAGGUGGAGAGAAGGUUGACAUGACUGAAGCUCCUGGUUUGACAUUGCGAAGAGCUACUCCUUUGGUGUGCAUUCCAGUGGCCCGUCACAUUAGUUUGUUACCUUCAUCAUAA